UCGAGGCCAGUGCCCUGGGCCCAGGGAGGACACAGCUUUAUGACUGGGUAGGUGUGGCCCUGGUUUCUAGGUCAGGAGGUAAAGCUGCUCUGUGACAAGGAGCCACACCCACCCGCUGGGAGUGGGAACUGGGGUCAAGUGGCCAUAGUCAGCAGGACACAACAGUAGGUGGCUGAGGAGGAUGGCGUGCCUGGGUUUCCUCCUCCCCGUGGGCUUCCUCCUCCUCCUAACCAGCACCGUGGCCCAGGGAGAGUACGCCGUGGUCCAUGUGGUGUCGGAGAAUUGGAGCAAGGACUACUGUGUCCUGUUCAGCUCCGAGUAUGUCACCUUGCCACGGGACCUGCAUCACGCCCCACUCCUGCCCUUGCACGAUGGCACCAUGGCACCCUGGUGCCCGGGCGAGGACACCUUCCACCAGGCCCCACCCAGCUCCCCCAGCCAGCAGCCACUCCGCCACACCACCGCCAUGGUCAUGAGGGGCAACUGCAGCUUCCAUGCCAAGGGCUGGCUGGCUCAGGGCCAAGGCGCCCACGGGCUGCUCAUUGUGAGCCGGGCCAGCAGGCAGCAGUGCUCAGACACCACGCCAGCAUCCCAGGACCCCCACAAGCCCCUGCCACACCUCACCAUCCCUGUGGCUGUGCUCCAUUACACUGACAUGCUGGACAUCCUCAGCCACACUCACGGCAGCUCUAUCGUCCGCGUGGCCAUGUACGCACCCCCAGAGCCCAUUCUCGACUACAACAUGGUGGUCAUCUUCAUCCUGGCUGUAGGCACCGUGGCCGUGGGUGGCUACUGGGCCGGCCUGACCGAGGCUGACCAGCUGCAGCGGCGCCGGGCUCGAGGAGGAGGGGGGCCUGGCGGUCACCAUCAGCUGGAAGUGGUGGCAGCCGAGCGGGGGCAGGUGGAAGAUGACAAGGAUGCACCAGUGGACUUCACACCAGCCAUGACAGGUGCAGUGGUCACCAUGUCCUGCUCCAUCGUGCUGCUGCUUUACUUCUUCUAUGACUGCUUUGUCUAUGUCAUGAUCGGAAUCUUUGGCCUGGGCGCUGGCACUGGCCUCUACAGCUGCCUGUCCCCACUGGUGCGCCACCUGCCCCUGCAGCAACGCCAGCAGCCCCUGCCUGGCCAUCGGGCCUGUCUGCAGCUGCCCCUGCUGCUGCUGGCUGGCCUGUGCAUGGUGAUGACCAUCCUCUGGGUGGCCUACCGCAACGAGGACAGCUGGGCAUGGCUCCUGCAGGACACGCUGGGUGUGGCCUACUGUCUCUUUGUCCUUCAGCGUGUGCGGCUACCCACACUCAAGAACUGUACCUCCUUUCUGCUGGUCCUGCUGGCCUUCGACGUCUUCUUUGUCUUCAUCACACCCUUCUUCACCAGGACUGGCAAGAGCAUGAUGGUGGAAGUGGCCACGGGCCCAGCGGAUUCCUCAAGCCAUGAGAGGCUGCCCAUGGUGUUUAAAGUGCCCAAGAUAAGCUUCUCAGCUUUGACUCUGUGUGACCAACCCUUCUCCAUCCUUGGCUUUGGUGACAUCGUGGUCCCCGGCUUCCUGGUGGCCUACUGUCACCGUUUUGAUGUCCUAGUCAGCUCACACCAGGUCUACUUUGUGGCCUGUACCUUGGCCUAUGCUGUGGGCCUGCUGGUCACUUUUAUUGCCAUGGUCCUCAUGCAGAUGGGCCAGCCUGCCCUGCUCUACCUAGUGUCCAGCACCUUGCUCACCAGCCUGGCUGUGGCCACCUGCCGCCAAGAGCUCAGCCUUUUCUGGAUUGGCCAGGGCAGAGCAAAGACACCUGCCCGGGCCAAGGCAGGGCUCCAUGAAGCCCCUGCUGCUGGCUCUGAGCAGAAGCAGGAGGACAGGGCUGAUGUCCAGACAGCUAACAAGUUUGAAGAGGCCACUGGCCAAAGGGCAGUGGACUUAGACAGCAGCCCUGGAGAGGACACAGCCGAGGUCACCAUAUCUGAGGAUGAAAUCAUGGGGGCGGAUGGCCACAGUGACAGCUCCGAGGGCUGGAGCGAUGCCAACUUGGACCCUGAUGAGCUUCCCCCCAUCUCCCCUGGGGCCUCGGAGGAGCUGAUGCCGUUGAUGCCUGUGGCCAUGCUGAUCCCGCUAGUCCCGCUGAUGCCGCCCCCCUCAGAGCUGGGCCAUUCCCACGCCCAGGCCCAGGCCCAUGAGGCCAGUCUGCCCUGGACAGGACUGCACAAGAGGAAGGGCUUCAAGGUGAAGAAGAGCGUAUCGACCCAGGCCUCCUUGUGAACCCGAGCCACCGAGGCAUGUGUUGGCAGAAUAUCGCAGAGCAAAGAAAGCCACGUAUGGCAACAAGAAAUCAGGGCAUUAAAGAGAUUCCAUAUCUACCCAAUGGAGCCAAGUCCUUUGUUAGGGCUGUAAGGAAGCAGUGACCAGGGAAUAUGUCCACACAGGGCCUGGAUAUUCAUUAGGAAUUGGCUAGUACCAUCUCCAAAUUGGAGUCCCUGGGUGGUGCAAACAGUCAAUUGCUCGACUACUAGCAAAAAGGUUGGUGAUUCAAACCCACCCAGUGGUACCUCUAGAAGACAGGGCUGGUGAUCUGCUGAAAGGUCGCAGCCUUGAAAAUCCUAUGAGUAGGAAUUGAUUCAACGGCAACAACCACCCCUAGGUUGUACAGAGGGGGAAACUGAGGGCAUAUGACUUGCAUGAAGGCACUCA